AUGGGAGGCGAGAGAGGUAAGGGGAACAAGGGAGCCUAUAGGUUGAGAAUUGGGUCAUGGAAAAUAAGAAUACUGACGAGUAAGUCUAUAGAGUUGGCGAGGAUCCUUCUGAAGAGGAAGGUUAACAUAGCAUGUGUACAGGAGACUAGGUGGGUAGGUUCAAGGCCGAGGGAUGCGAAUGGGUAUAAGCUGUGGUACUAUAGAGUCUUGAAGUGUAAGAAUGGAGUGGGUAUCUUGGUAGAUAGGGAUCUUAGAGAGUCUGUGGUAGAGGUUAAGCUGGUGAAUGAUAGAUUAAUGACUAUUAAGUUAGUGGUUGGUGAGUGUACCCUAAAUGUCGUUAGUGCUUACGCGCAACAAGUAGGCUUGGACGAGGAUGUUAAAACACACUUCUGGGAGGGGUUGGAUGAGAUUGUGCAUAAUAUUCCGCUUGCCGAGAGGUUAUUCAUAGGAGGAGAUUUUAAUGGACAUAUUGGAUCAUUUGUAGGUGGCUAUAGUGAGGUGCAUGACAGCUUUGGUUUCGGGGAGCAAAACAGAGGGGGUGUUUCAUUAUUGGAUUUCGCCAAGGCGUUUGAGUUGGUGAUUGCGAACUCGAGUUUUCCAAAGAGGGAGGAGAAUUUGGUUACUUUCCAAAGUACGGUGGCGAAGACUCAAAUUGACUACCUCCUCCUUAGGAGAUGA